AUGAAGACCAUUCUCAAGGUGGGAAGGUGUUAUGAAAAACUGGUGAGAGAAUUUCUGGUGAAUUUGUCUGUGGAAGUGGGACUUCCUGAAAGUGUUGAGUUUAGAAAGGUGUGUGUCAGGGCAAAAUGUGUUGAAUUCUCCCCUGCUGUGUUCAACAAAGCACUUGGCAGAAGUGCUGUUGAGUUUGUUGAUGAGGAGUUGUCCUUGGAUGUGAUUGCCAAGGAGAUUACUACUGGCCAAGUCAAGAAGUUGCUGUCUACAGGAAAACUGAGUGUGAAAUUGAUCUACAAGAUUGGAACUUCUACUGCUUUUGAUUUUGGGUCUUUUGUGUUUGAACAGACCUUGAAGCAUGCUGACACUUGUGUUGUGAAGCUACCCAUAUCAUUUCCAUCUCUUCUUACAGAGAUUAUUCUUCAACAGCAUCCUCAGAUCAUCAGGGCUGAUGAGGUUCAUUUACCAAAGAGUGUUCCUAUUACCCUGGAUCAACGAUUGUUUAUGGAGCCACAUGUCACAGACAUUGCUGUGCCAUUUAGCAGGACUUCUGCCCCUGCUCCUGUGAGUGAAUCUAGCACUAAGGAUAAUAUUGCUGAAUUACUGGCUGUUUCUAAGGCCCUACAGGAGACUAUUAGGAUCAGCACUGCAAGGAAGCUAAAGGCUGAUGCUUUGCUUCUCAAGGUUCAAGAGGAAGAAGGCCAAGAAGGUGAACCAAGUGGUGGUGGUGCUGCUCCUCGGGAUGCCAGCAUUGAAGAAGAGGGAGAAUCUGAAGAGAAUAUAGAAGACACUGAAGGCGACUCCAGUUCUGAUGAUUAG